GGGAGCCGGUCGAAAGUAGGUGCGGGUUGAGCGUUGAACGUCGUGAACGAAUCGAUUGACGAGUAGGCCCCACAGAAGUGAACGACCAAACAACCGCGACCACCAUCUAAACACCAUCUAUGCCGCACACCGCCCGCACACCGCGGCGAGCCGAAGCCAGCGUGACGUAGGAGCCUGCGUCACUAUCUGCACUAAUACUAAUGGUGCGGUGGGCGCACCACCAAUAACGAUGGGUCGAUGGGUUAGAGCGAACUACUAACGUGCUAGAGCGAUAUAUACUAUUGGUUGGUUGAAAAGUGUCUAGAAAAGAUGCGAAAAAAACGAAGAGUAUUUACAUUAGAAAGAGCUUAUUGUAAUGCAGAUUGCUUGCUUUUAUUACAUUUUAGCACAAUUUGCAUACUUUUAGGAGACAGUUUUUAAAGGCGGCCAAACAUUCCUAAAGGUAUGCAAUUUGCACUACAAUUUUACCUUUUUUACUUUUAUUUCGUUAUUAAAAAUCUUUUUGUUUCCCGGAAGCUUUUCAACAAUUUCGCCCUCUUUUCAGCAAAGUCGGCAAGCGAAAAGCUAUACCGCCCAUUAGAACGCGUACCACACAUUUACAUCUAGCACCAGCUAGCCGGCCGAAUGCGUCUAGGCUUACGGCGCUAGCCCUGUACAAGAACAACUCCGGGCCCCUCUCUACCAGCCCCGUUAAGGCCACAGCCGUUUUAGGAGGUCAUAUUUUAUAACAUUUUCGUUUGUUGCUUCUGCUACGGGGCCUGCGGUUGGCCGUAGUGUUGCCACCGUUUUUUUUUGCUUUUCUUUCUUUUUUUUUGCUGUACCAUGUUCAGCCCCUCGUUUUCGUUUCGGUUUGCUGGCACCGCGUGUUUCCCUUUUUUCCGAACGGCAACACUACCCAAGCUCACUCUCAUACACACACAAACACAUACACGAAACUCGCCAACCAACGGUUCAAGUUCUUUGCGUAAAACCGAAGUCGGCGCACAGCUCGCGGUUUCUCGCGCGCUUCUCGCGCCUUAGGCUACUGCUGCUGCUGCUACCGCUGGUGUUGAUGACGAUUGUGUCAGCCAGCCAGUCUCGCCGUCGGUUCGGUCUGGUCGGUUGCGGGUUCGCGCUGCUCAGUCUCGUCACAGCCAAACAACUGUCAUAACGCGCGCGCGGUGUUCGGUCGGCCGUCGUCACACGUCGUCCGGACCGUCCGAGUCGUCCCCCUUGCAGUGUGUGGAUGUGUCUUUUUCUUUCUGCUCAGUGUCCUGACAUUCAUUUGCUGCUGGUUUGACACGCUCGUUGUGUUUUUCGCUUUUUGCUGCGUUGCGGUUGCAUCGUACCGCGGGUGUGUUUGUGUGCUUUGCCGCGAUCACGAUCACGAAGGUUUGUUUGCGAAAAUCCGCGGAAAAUGCAACUUGCUGUUGCUGUGUGUUGGUGGAUAAGGGAUUUAAUUUAGACGCAGCUCGAAUAGAAUCACCCCCAUCCCCAAAGUGAGCUGGUUUCAAUGGGGUUGCGCAGUGGUAAAGUUUGUUGGAAUUAUGUGGCGUAAUAGCUUCCGAGUUUGAGCAGCAACAAACAAAAUCUUGUGUGGGCCGUGUCCAACUCGCGCCGUGUGUCCCUGGUGUACGUGAGUGGCCGCUUUGUUCAAAGUUCAACCCUGACGUAGUGUGUCCGUCCCCUUCCCGCAAUCCGUCGCUCUAAAACUAGUUUGCCCAGCCAGUGACCAACAGGGCCCGUGCAGUGGUGUGUAUGAGCUAGCGCUCUAGCCCCUCCGUCCGUUACUGUAGCAUAUACGUUGUUUGUUGUGUGGUGUGAUACGAUUUGCUAUUUUUUCUCACUUCCUUCUGGCCCCCAUCUACAUUCCCCCUCAUUAGCCUAUGCUCACCAAUAUGCCAAGCGGAAUUGAAACGACGCACUAUAGUUGAUUGCCUGCCGGCAUCGACAACCACCGCACUUGGAGCACUGAUAGUGAUAGAGGGCCUCGGGCACUCGGGAAUGUGCAGCACCGUGCAUGUGUGGUGUUAUCUACCGUCAAUUAGGUUGCAAUAUAAAUACACCUUUUCCGUAGUGCCCCAUAAAUUACCUGCGGUCCUGUGCAAGAGAGGGAUAAGGGGCGUUGUGAACCCAUUUCCCAAAGGUCCUUUCCACGAGGCGUCCCAGUACCGUGGCACGUGAACGUGGAUGGAGUUGUAGUGAGAGUGGCACAGAGCGUGGUUACAUCACGAACCUUCAACAACAACAAAAAAAAGAAGCAAAAGGGGAUAGGUUCCCGGAUCCCUGGUCCUCGCUUGAGUAAUCUCCCCCUAAACCGGUGUGUUCCAGUUUGUGCCAAUCGGUUCGGAACCCCGGUAUCGAUGGUUUGAUAGAUAAUGAAGCACGUUUUUCGUGAUAGCUACAAUCGAUUAUAUCCGACAACUUGCCUGACGCAAAGGCAUCACUUUCGGGCGUUUGCUCAAUAUGCGAGACAGGGCCCUGGUAACCUGGUAUGGCGUCGAAGAGCCGAAGAGUUCGCCACAGCCAUCGCGAUAGGUUGCUAAAGUGAUGUUGAGAGGCAAUUUGGUUGGUGUUUAAAUGCGUUCUGGGCUUCACUGUAAGCCACGAACCUCCAUUUAUGCCACGCGUGUGGCCUGUGUGUGUAUGUGACAGUGCAAUCAACCUAAUGAUUUAUCGAAACUAGUGAUCUUAAAUUGUGUCUACUUCCUAGAAACGGCAAAAAAUACUCCCCAAAGGUGGGACCUGGUGGUUCGGUUUGGGAGAUGGUUGGAAAAUAAAUUUCCUUCCCUUACAAAACCCGACCAAGACAAGAUAAGGCUGUUCGUGUGUUCGCAGCCAAAGUGAGUUGUGUUGCGUAUUUCUGUGUGUGAGAGAAGGGUAUCAGACGCCGCCCAAAAAAAAAGAGUAUCAAAGAUCUAAGGUAUCUCUAUGCUGGCUCGGAAGUCACCGGUACAGGCGUGUAAUAUCGACAUCUUCGACAAGCAGGAAACAAUCCGGUUGUGUUGUUUGUGUCGUGUUGUUUUUUUUUUUCGUGAGCCCUAAGACACCGAAAAGGGAAGCUUGUCGCUGGCUGACAGUAAACACAAACCGGUGCGUGUAGUUCCCGUCGCUUCUCUUCCGGUGCUGCCCGUGCGUCGCUGUGUGUGAUAUCAACAAACAAAAAAGCUGCAAACAUGAUUAUUAUUACCGGCAGUACAGUGAACGGCGACGAUGGCGAUCUGCCCUCUGCGACGGCCAGUGAGGAUGACGAGCGGCAGCAACACCAGCUCGAGCUGGUCGGUUACGGUGGGCGCAAUGGGUCAGUGGGCACGCUGGAGGAGACGCUUGGGACGGCCCUGGAGUUGUCGCCGGUCGUAGAGCAACCGUCGGUGGAUGAGGAAGAACCGGACGAUGUGGAUAUCUCCGGUGGAGAUGAGCUGGACGAGGAUCAACAGUUUGCAAACGGUACCGCAUGCUGUCAGCUGGAGCUGCUGGAGCACAAGUGUACUAGCGAUGAGGAGGACGCACUGCUCGUUGAUGGUGGAACCUCCAGCAGUUCAGGCCGGUACGGCCAUCGGAAGUCGUCGCUGGCGUUAACACCAGAAGAGGAACCUCUCGACUCGUGCCCGAGACUAGUGUCGGAUCUGAAGUUUCCCAACCUGCUACCACCGAAUCCUGUGAUUAAGAUUUUGAUUGCCUUCUGCAAGAAUGAUCCCGUGUUCGAAGCGCUGGUCAAUGCCAGCCAUCGGCUCAGCCUGGAGCCAACGUUCGUCAAGUCGGCUGAAAGCGCCAUCGAUGCGUUCCAAAAUCCGAGCUCGGGCGGCCAUCACAUCAUCAUCGUCGAUGCGCGAUACCCGCGCACGAUCGAGGCGGAAGCGCUCGGCAGGUCAAUUCGAAAUUCGAAGGGUAGCCAGCAUACAACAAUGGUUGCGGUAGUGAAAAAGAGUGUAUUUGAAAAGGAUGAUACGGCUGUGAUUUCUCUAUUGGAUGUUGGCUAUAACAGGUGCAUUAUCGAGUCUCCACAUGUAUCGAUUUGUUCGUCGGAGCUGCGGCAAAUCCAGCACUCGCUCGUCCGACCGCAGAAUGUGAUAUCGACUCAACAGGCACUGUACACGGCGCUUCAUCGAUCGAGAGAAGCGGUCAUCAUUACCGACGACACGCUUCGGGCACAGUAUGCGAACCGGGCCAGCGAACGUGUGCUGAAUAUGAAGCUGGAUGAAAUCGUUGGCAGAUCUCUGAGCGACUUGGUAACGGCCGAUAUUAGUAAUAUUUUAUCUCAUACCAGUAGAUAUAAGGACUACGACGGUUACCUUACCACGCGGAGAAAGUCCCAAGAAUCAUCACAAAUCCAUGUUCGUGCCGUACCUGUCUCGUGCAUUGGAAGAAAUCCCACACACUUAGUCUUAAUCCUAGAAUCAUCAUCCAGCGCGCUCGUGUCCACGAACGCGAUCGGCGAGGCGCUGCAGACGCUGCCCCAGGGCAAGGAGGUGCCGCGCGGCUCGCUCCACUCGAUCCGGCGCGGCAGCUUCGACGUGCGGUCGAUCGCGUCGGACGGCCUGCGGCGGACGAGCCUGGCGAAGCUGUCCUCGCUGCCGCUCGAGGCGCCGAUCACCAAAGUGCUGAGCCUGCUGGCCCAGGUUCAGGAAAACUGCUCGCUCGACGAGGCCAAGCUGCUGGACCGCGUGAUGGAGUUCCUCAAGCGCGAGGGCCUGUACAGCCCCCAGAUGAAGGAAAUACGCACCGAGGACCCGGUCGCUACCGAUCUGAUUGGGGCCCUGCUUACGCAAGGACCAACGAACAUCCUGUCGUCCAGGCGCAGCUCGAACGAUUCCAUCAUACGCGGCGGCGGCCGCCCAUCUACAGGGAGCAUCGUUUUCAACAAAACCAAAGAAUCUUCACAACUGUCCGACCUGCUGCAGACGGCCCUGGACUGGGACUUUGAAAUAUUUAAGCUAGAGGAUCUUACCGAGAAACGUCCAUUAGUGUGUUUAGGAUUAGAACUGUUCCGGCGGUUUGAUGUGUACAAUACGUUCAACUGUGACGAGAUGACGUUCAAGCUGUGGCUCAUCGAGAUGGAGAAGCACUACCACAGCGAGAAUACAUAUCACAACAGCACGCAUGCCGCAGACGUGAUGCAGGCCACCGCAGUUUACCUGCAACAGCUGAGCAACCGGGAGCUGAAGAUUAUGGACCGAAUGGACGAAGCGACCGCCCUGAUUGCCGCCGCAACCCAUGACAUAGACCAUCCGGGCCGUUCGUCCGCCUUCCUGUGCAACUCGGACAACACGCUGGCCCUGCUGUACAACGACAUCUGCGUGCUGGAGUCACACCACGCGGCAACCACCUUCCGGUUGACCUUAGGCGACGACAAGAUCAACAUCUUCAAGCAUCUGGACCGGGACAUGUACAAGCUGGCCCGCUCGAUCAUCGUCGACAUGAUACUGGCCACCGAGAUGACGCGACACUUUGAGCAUCUGGCCAAGUUUGUCAGCGUGUUCGGCACGGACGUGGAGUCGAAGGAUCCGCUGCCGCCGGACAACGACGACAACCAGAUACUGGUCCGGCGCAUGCUGAUCAAGUGUGCGGACGUGAGCAAUCCGACCCGCCCGCUCAAGUUCUGCGUCGAGUGGGCCCGCCGCAUCGCGGAGGAGUACUUCAUGCAGACGGACGAGGAGAAGCGCAAGAAUCUGCCGAUCGUGAUGCCAAUGUUUGACCGCACGACCUGCAGCAUCUCCAAAAGCCAGAUCGGUUUCAUCGAGUACAUCAUCCACGACAUGAUGGACGCAUGGAACAGUUUUAUCGAAAUGCCCGAAAUCAUACGCUACAUGGAGUUCAACUAUUCCCAGUGGAAGCUGUUCGAGGAGCAGGGCAUCAACACGCUCAGCGACAUCAAGCGGAAGCAGAUGUCGCUCACCGAGGACACGGCGAGCUCGAUCUCCCUGGAGGAGAAGUUCUAGUAAGCCGGAGAGCCGCCCUGGGAUGCGGCACCGUGCGACUUGCUGUGCUUGUUGCUGUGUGUCACGUUUUGGUGCCCGGACAGUCCGGACAAACCCAAACCCCAAAACCCAAACAAAAACCCCGCUCGAAGCGAGAUGGUCCCGAAUGCGACGCCGACCCGGCCGUAAUGUAAUUAUGGAUUAAUCCAAACGCCAAAGGCCCAACAGUAGGGUCCGCUCGACGACGAGCCACAAUGCGCGAACCCUGCAGAACCCCCCCUUCCCCGGGGUGGGGUGGAUCUUUCUUCCAUGAUUGUAGCAGUAUUGUUUUCAUACCAUCGCCAUUUAGCCCAAACACAUCCCAGCCCAGUACCGCUUAACACUUGGGUUACCACGUCUCUCACAUGGGUGUGUUAGUUGCAAAAGAAGAAAAACACACACACACACCACUGGUGAGCGAAAUAGAAACAAAAAACCAAGAGCGAGAGAGAUUCAUUGGUAGCACCGUGCGAGGAAUUGUUGUUCAUCGUAAUAGCACCACCACCACUACCACUUCCAUCGCCUACUCUAAUGUAUAUCCACGUACAAUCCACAUACACGCAUACAUGAAAAAAACACAAAAAUACACUCGUUUUCUGAGUUUAUCUAGUUUUUUGGGGGAUUAUUAACACCGCUCAAGCGUAAGAAAGCUGUCCCGUUUUUGUAUGUACAUUUGCCAAUAAGAUCUACUAACCUGCGUGUGUUUUGUUUGUUGUUCAGCAGUAGGUUUCAUUUAGCACGUAAGCACACCAAACGGGGUUUACCCUCUCCCCCCCCCCACCAUCGUACAAUGCGCGUUACAUAUAUAUGUAUAGAUUGCAGGGAUCUGCUGUGUCAGGAUAGCUUAACCCGGAUCCCGGUGUUUUGCUAUUCGACUUAGAUACGUAGCUAGGUCUAGUUGUUCGUUUACGCCAUCAUUUACCAUUUUUCCACUCCAAGCGUUGUAAUUUUCGUUUCCAUUUUCCAUUUGGUAGGUCAUCUGCUCGAUUAAUUACAGGUCGAAUCAUAUGGUGAGAUGGUAUAAGAGGUGAGCGUGUGCGUGUUUAUGUAGGGUUUUGUGUCGUCUAAUGAAGCAGAUAGGAGAAAGACACACGUAAAGGAGUAAACACGAAUAGUAGGGAAUUAGGAAAGUCACCCUGUGCGCACAACAACUACCACACAGAGAUUAGGUAGGAAUAUGUUCUGCUAUUUUACCUGUCCCUAUAUAGGUUUUUUUUUGUAUUGUUUUGUUUGUAGCAGCAGUAUUUAUUGGACCCCAACGAUCAGAUGGAAUUUAGCAAUCCAUGCAAGCCAUAUUAACUAGUAGCGAAAACAAACACUUUCUACUCUCCCUAUCGAGCUGUACCUAAACUCCGGUUGCAGUUGCGAAAUAGUGGAAAUGGUGGUCAUUUAAAGAAAAAUUCGUGUAGCAAAACAGAGAGAGCGAGAUAAUUAGAGGGAGUAGAGAGGGACAACACUAACCAUCAGCUUGCCUCGUUGACCGAAGCAACUGGUGGGGUUGUGAUGCCGUACAGAAGCGUAAGUAAAAGGAAAUCAAUUUUAGGAUCGAUGUUUGGCUCUAGGGGUCACUAUUAGGAUGUGUAAGUUUCGCACUCACAUAAACACACAGAGUAAAAUAAACACUUAAAAAAGCGAGUCCUUUCCCCUCCCCCUUAAAAUGAUAGUGUGGUGGUACACCAAGCCGUAUAGUUGUCGAUAUUUAGAUGCCGUAGGUAAAUGUUUUCUGUUAGUUGAUUGACAGUCGAUACAAGCGCAUACAACACAACCCAACAGGGAAUGGGUUCUUAACGGUGGUCAUACAAACGCUUAAAUCUCUCUUCACACACGCUGCGUGGCGUGUGCUGCGUUACACGUUUUCCGCUCCGCUCCGUAUCCGCUACCUUUGCAUCUGUGAACGACCAGGCUGCUCCAUUGCUUUCACCCAAUCCACCAUUUUUUUUGUUUAGUUUGUUUCGAAUGUUUUCUCUCUCUCGCUGUCUCUGUCACUUCCCCAGCGCUACCGUUGAGACCUGAAACAGGGGGUUUAAGCCAUGAGAGCCAUGCGUGUGUGCGUGUUUCUGUGUAUUAUGCAAUAAAACUGUAGAUGAAAACAAAGAUAAAUAUACAGCACACAAGACGGUGUGUGGGGUUUGUGUCGCAAAUAUCGUUCAUGUUUAGCAAUUACCCUUCGCAAAGUUUGGAACACAGUUUGUGGACACACACACACACACACAGACGGAGACAGUGUGUAGCUGACAGUGAGUAGAUGAGCAUACCUUGCGUAGAUGAGUGUUUUAUCCCUUGCUUUUGGCAUGUAGAGGACGUUUUGUUUGUGUGGGGGGAAGGGCAGUAAACGGCACCGGUAUUCUCACAUCCUCCAUCCCACUAUUCUACGCGUGUACGUGUUGAUGUGACAAUAAUAGGGAGGAACAUGUGAUAACGAUAAAUAAAAAAGAAGUUGGAGCUAAACCCAAAAAUCCAUUCGGUGGUGCAAUCGAUACUUUCGUAGUUGCUGGAGGGACAGGAGAUUGGUUGUUUGAGUUGCAACCAAAACUGUACACUACACGCAGCAACACGUGUGUGUGUAACCCACCGAGCGUACUUGUUCCCUCUUUAGCCUUUUUUCACUUGUUUUUCUUAAACCGUAUUUAAUUUUGUCCCUAAUUCAAUAGUGAACAACGGUUCUCCAAACAAAUAUGAUCUUACGGUUUCAACAACUGAGCUCAAGCAUGUGCUACGUAUACCUCUUCCUUUAUUGCUACUUACAGGCAACAAUCUUCCAUACUCUCAUCACUAUGGCGACAAGCACGGUUUACAGUUGGAAUUGCACAAAAAAGAAACGGCUUCAUCUAGUUAGAAAUUCUCAAAAAUCUACUCUCGCACUCAUACUAACUGAAUUACACCAUCACAUAUACUAUCUCUCUUUCACUCUCUCUCUCGCUCGUUCACUCUACAUCUGCAUGGAGCAAAACUUUUACAACCGGAAGAAAAAAGAAUUACAAAACAAAAACGGCGGUUGGCCGGUUUCCAAACGUGCGGUCUAAUUUUAAUGAGUAAAACACUAACAAAAACCUUACUAAGGACACUUACGGCCACCCAAUGGUGUAUAUCGAUGUGUAUACAAAAAAAUAAAUAACUAGCAAACAAAAACACUACUACUAACACACACACACACACACACACAAGAACGCAAACUCUAAUACUAGAUAAUUGUAUUGUUCUGAUAUGCUGGUCAUAUCUGGUUUUAAGAAAGGCACCGAAGGUCAAAUGAUUCACACCCAUCUACUAUAAUAAAAAAAAGCGAUUUAAACAACAAAAAAUAAACCAUUAAAUGGAAUCUAGCGUUGGGAUGGCAGUUCGUUUUUGGAGAAGGAGAUUAGUAAAUGAAAUUCUGAGCUAUUGCGCUAACACACACACACACAGUGUGUGUACUACCAACGCGCACCAACGAUCGAAUCGCUGGGCGUGUCUAUCUGUUGAUGUAAUCGUGUAUUAUUGCUAAAAUAUUGUACGUCUCGAGGCUCGAUGAUGAUCCCUGCUGAAGGAAGAGGUGAGGCUCUCGCUUGCUCCUAAAUUAGGCAGGGUGUUUUUAUUAAAGUGCUGUGUUUUACACCUAGACCGAUUGGAUCUAUACUGUGGCAAGUAGUAGUAGCAUUGUGUAUCUCACCGAAGCCUAAAGCGCCCGUGCCCCUUGCGAAAAGGAUCCAAAGCCAGCACUCCGAACACGGGCCGAACAUGUAAUACAUACCUAUACCUAUAGCGAAUCGAUGUGGUCUUCAUUAAAUUGCGUAUGUAUGUGUGUAUAAUAAGCGAAAACAGGACGCGAAAAGCAAACGGUUACGGGCCGGCAUAUACAUAUACAUGAUCCUGUGUUUGCAAACUCUAAACUGUGCUAUUGUUGCAAACUAUUGGAUUUUUGUUGAACCGGGUGUUUGAACCGUUAGGAAGAGGAAAUGAAAAAAAAAACAACUAUGAAACAAUUGGCAUCAUCAAACAAAAAGUCUGAAUAAAUAAACAUUUAAUGCUGCUGCUACACAACCUACGCGGUCCUAACCCUGUGAGGGUUUGAGGCGAACCAUAUACUAAACAAACAAACAAAUUGGCAAAGUCCUAACAGAACUUUAUGAUGAAGAAGAAGAAGAAGAAAACAAACCAGUGUAACGAAUUGUUUCCGCAAAUAAGUCUGUCUAAUAAAGUGUAAUUAAUGAAAUUGUAGUGAAA